GGAAUUCAAGCUAGCCCUCAACCAUGUUGGUAUACUUAUUUAGUGUAGGGCUCCUUUCAUGCGUAAACACUGCACUCAUUCGAACCGCAAACGAGGUAGAACAUAUCUAUCAUAAAAAUAGACAAAUCAGGCAAGCAUGCUUUGACAGAGUGAAUCCACGCACUGGUGUCUCGGAUUGUGCCGGUGGUGUGAACCCAGUGCCAGUCAAUCCUGUUCCAGUCAAUCCUGUCGUACCAGUUAACCCUGGGACUACGACUUGUUUUGAUCGAGUGGACCCACGCACUGGUGUCUCGGAUUGUGCCAGUAGGGCAGCGCUCUGCACGAACCCAAUAUAUCAGCAAUUGAUGUGGGAGCAAUGUCCUUUGACGUGUGGGCGAUGUCCUGGCAAUUUACCAAAUUCUGGUGGAAUUAACACAGUUGUCUCAGGCACCACAUGUUUUGAUCGAGUGGACCCACGCACUGGUGUCUCGGAUUGUGCCGGUAAGGCAGCGCUUUGCGCAAAUCCAGCAUAUCAACAGAUAAUGUGGGAGCAAUGUCCAUUAACGUGCAACAGAUGUCCUGGCAUCCUUUGA